UGCAGGAACCGGAAAUUCCCAGAAGGAGCGCCAUUUUUUCUUUCCGGCUGAAGCCGUGUUUCUCUUUCCAUUGCUGGGCACGUCCUCUUUUCUUCUCCUCAACAGCAACUGUGCAGCAUCUCAACAUCGUCCUCACCUCCUUCUUUAUUCUCUACAGCAGACAGAGGAAGGUGAUUCUGACAGUUUCUUCUAUUGUCUUGGUGAUGGCGGAGGCAAGAACAGAGGGCGGCGGGGGAGACAUGAGGCAGAGGAGGAGAUGGAGUUGGCUUGUUGGGGCGUUCAUUGCUGUGUUUCUUGCGGGUGUCGUCGCCUCCGGUAACGCUCCCAAGUUCUCUCUCUUUGGUCGCUUGAGCGAGAAUUGCGGUUGCCCGAAUGCUCGUAAAUAUACUGGGAUGGUGGAGGAUUGUUGUUGUGAUUAUGAGACUGUUGACACACUUAACUCAGAAGUAUUGCAUCCUAUCCUCCAAGAGCUUGUGAAGACACCAUUCUUCCGAUAUUUCAAGGUGAAGCUGUGGUGUGAUUGUCCUUACUGGCCAGAUGAUGGGAUGUGCCGCCUUCGUGAUUGCAGUGUUUGUGAAUGCCCAGAUAACGAGUUUCCUGAAACAUUUAAAGGGUCAUUCCAAAGACUUUCUAGAGAAGAUCUCAUUUGUCAAGAGGGAAGACCUCAAGCAGCUGUUGACCGAACCCUUGAUACCAAAGCAUUUAGAGGAUGGAAAGAAAUUGACAAUCCUUGGACAUAUGAUGAUGAAACUGAUAAUGCUGAAAUGACUUAUGUUAAUCUACAACUAAAUCCUGAACGUUACACUGGCUAUUCUGGACCAUCUGCAAGAAGGAUAUGGGAUGCUGUGUAUAAUGAUAAUAUUAAAGACUUGCCAUCUGAUUCUUUUCAAGAGCGGAAGGUUCUAUACAAGUUGGUGUCUGGGUUACAUUCUUCCAUUUCAGUUCAUAUUGCUGCUGAGUAUCUCCUUGAUGAAGCUACCAAUCUGUGGGGACAAAACCUUGAAUUACUAUAUGACCGCGUGCUGAGAUACCCAGAGCGUGUCAGGAAUUUGUAUUUCACUUUUCUGUUCGUCCUUCGGGCAGUAACGAAGGCAGCUGAUUAUCUUGAGCAGGCUGAAUAUGACACUGGCAACGCUGCUGACGACCUCAAGACACAGUCCCUUGUAAAGCAGCUGGUCUUCAACCCUAAGCUACAAGCUGCAUGCCCACUACCUUUCGAUGAAGGAAAGUUAUGGAAGGGCCAGAACGGACCCAACUUAAAGCAUGAGAUUCAAAAACAGUUUAGGAAUAUAAGCUCAAUUAUGGAUUGUGUUGGGUGUGAGAAAUGUCGGCUCUGGGGAAAACUUCAAAUUCUUGGGCUUGGUACAGCAUUGAAGAUCCUUUUCUCUGUUGAUGGUGAUGACCGCGUAGAUCAGCCUCUUCAGCUACAGCGAAAUGAAGUAAUUGCUUUGCUGAACCUUCUCAAUAGAUUGUCAGAAUCUGUUCAAUGGGUAAAAGAGAUGGGGCCUGCUGCUGAAAAAAUCGUGGAGGGACAUCGAUCCUCAGCUAGUGUUGGUACGAGCAGUUUGUAGCCAUUUUUGUGGUACUGCAGCAUGCUGGAGUUGUUUGUUAUUCAAACCGCUGUUGAGUCAAUUGCAUCUAUGGAUCAUGAGAGCCUAAAUUUAUUAGUUCCCAGAGUUGGCAAAUGCUGAACCUCAAUUUUAUCAAAUUAGUGGAAGAAUAUGUGAACAUUGAGAUGGAGGACGUUCUAGAGUUUUUUCUUUUGUAUCCGAAGGCACAGGGCAUUUAUGUCAGAUUAUGUGCAGAAAAAUGAGAAAGUUGCCUUCUUGGCGUUGUAUAUUCUUAUUAAUUGGAAUACAAUAAUGUAACAAAUUGUAUUUCUUUUCU